CUAUAGUAUACAGAUUACAGCAUAGCUAUGCUGCCGAACACAUAAACAGAUAAAAUCGAAUAUUUCUAAUAUGUAAAGACAGAUAGAGGCUUGAAGAACAGGAGGAAUCUGGAGGAAGCUGACAUGAUACAAAAGGUGAUACAAUGGGGGCCUGACUGGUGUUUGGAAGUCCUCGGAUAAUUAUAUUCACCGUAUUAUUCCUUCUCACUACAAUGGGGGAGAGUGAAGGGGAAUGACAGAAGCAACUAUUAAAGAUGAGAAAAAAAGGAGAGGUUUUUUUCCCUUCUCAGACCGAAGACUUAUAACAACUAAAUGGACACUUGGUAGUGAUAUCUCAAUAUUAUCAAUCAUAAUUGGUAAUACAAAAUCAAUCAUUCAUUCCAUAUGCCACUCUUAAGUGGACUGGCUUUAAAUUAGAGUUAAUGCUCUAAAUCAAGAAGAAAGAACAUGGUGACAUUUCAGAGUCAUGCCCCUUAUCACUUUGCUGUAAUCAAAUGAACAUAACUUUUGAUUAACAAACACUUGGGGGUAAAAAAAAAGGCCGGCCGUGAUCAGAUAUGACCAACAACGUGAGCUCCAGAAUCGACACCCCUACCAACAUCUCUCUGAGUGCCAGUGUUGCUGUCUCUGAGUCGUUGGAGUACACAACAGUGUCAGUGUUCCUGGUCUUGCUGGUGUGCAGCAUGGGCAUCGUGGGGAACAUCAUGGUGGUCCUUGUGGUUCUAACCACUCGUCACAUGAGGACACCCACCAACUGUUACUUAGUGAGUCUGGCCAUAGCCGACCUGACAGUACUGGUGGCAGCGGGACUGCCAAAUGUGUCAGAGAGUCUGACAGGUACAUGGAUUUUUGGCCAUGCUGGCUGCUUGGGCAUCACCUACCUUCAGUACCUUGGCAUCAACGUGUCCUCUUGCUCCAUCACUGCCUUCACUGUAGAGAGGUACAUAGCUAUCUGUCAUCCACUGAAGGCUCAGACUGUGUGCACAGUGUCCCGAGCCAAGCGAAUCAUUGCCGGGGUUUGGGUCUUCACUUGUGUGUACUGCAUGCAGUGGUUUUUUCUGGUGGACAUUCAGGUGAGCCAUGACGACCAUGUGCAGUGUGGAUACAAAGAGAAACGAGAGCUCUACCUGCCCAUCUACUUCAUUGACUUUGCCAUUUUCUAUGUCAUCCCACUACUCCUUUCCAUCGUGCUGUAUGGCCUGAUAGCACGGAUCCUCUACCUCAGCCCUCUGCCCAACCAACCUAACACCAAUGCUACCACUCUGCGUCGGAGCAUCCGGGAAGCUUCUGAAACGGGGAAGGGUUGUCGACAGGGCCGGCCAAAGAGUACAUUCUCCUCCAGGAAACAGGUGACAAAGAUGCUGGCAGUAGUGGUGAUCCUAUUCGCUCUGCUAUGGAUGCCCUACCGGACUUUAGUUUUAAUUAAUUCUUUUGUGUCCACACCAUAUCAGAAUGCCUGGUUCCUCCUGUUUUGUCGUACAUGCAUUUAUGCCAACAGUGCUAUAAACCCUGUCAUAUACAAUGCCAUGUCUCAGAAGUUUCGCUCUGCAUUUCGAGGGCUUUACCGUUGCAAGCGGCCCGAGGGAAAUCAGAGAACACUGUCGAUGAUCCAAACUGGCCUCACCACUGUCCAAGGACAGAGAACCUACCAGGCCAAUAGCAAUGGGAUGAAUGAUAAAGCAAGGAGAGCCAUCCAGCAGACUGGAAGUGGCCAUCAGGAGACAACAACAGUCAGUGGAAAAACAGCAGACCAUCCCAUCAACCCCAGCCCAGCUAUUUUCAACUUUGGUGGAUGUCCAACUGGUGAUGAGAACUUUAGUGAUGAUUUGCUUUCAUCAACUAAUCACAGUUGACUCUGCAGACAGACAUACAGCAAAUGAUAAGCAUGUAAACAUGUCCAUAUGAAUAUAUUUCAGACUAUCUUUUUUUUUUUUUUAAGUAUUUUUUUGGCCUUUUCUGAUAGAACAGCUGAAGAGUUAGACAGGAAACAGGGUAAGAGACGGGGAGUGACACGCAGCAAAGGGACCCGGGCCGGGAGUCGAACCCGGGUCCGCUGCAGAGCCUCGGCACAUGGGUCGCGCGCGCUACCGACUGAGCUAUGCGGCGCCCCAUAUUUCAGACUAUCUUUGAAUUUGUAAAUACCACUGCAAUCCAGUGAAAAAAUCCAACAAUUGAGCUGUUUCCAUCUGGUGAUAAAAAGGCUCUGAAUUACACAUGGUCAGGAUCUGCUUUAGAUGAUGAUCAUAGUGAAGAAAUCUUUGACAUGCAUUUAUGUCAUGAUUGGUAAGAGAAAAAAGAUGAUUGGCAAAUGGUAUAAUUCGCACUGUGGCAUGGUAACAUUAUGUCUUUGCCCACAAAAUGUCAAAUGUGAAGAGUUUGUUCAAGGCAACAGAAGCCAAGAGGGAUAUGCUGCAAUGAUUGUACAGCCUGCAGCAGUUAGCACAGAAACCUAGGGCAUGGGCCCUGGUGCAGCCAAUACAGGUGCAGAUCUUGGUGAACUUUGACGGCAGAAAGGAGAAGGCUUCUGUGUGAACAGCAGUUAAAACUGGGUCAUUCAGUCCUAAAACUGACAUUUAAUAGAAUUAAACAUUUAAUUUAAAGCUAUUAUUAGUCUAUGUUUCCCCUUCAAAAACACACAGUGGACUCCUAAUGAACCAAUAUCAUGCUUUCCUAGAAUUGUUUUACCCAGUGAUAUAAUAAACAUCAAUUAUUAUGAAUUCAAUAAACAAAUAAUGAAUAAUCUGCAUAAUGAUGCAGCUUGAAUAAUCUGUCCAAGUCACCAUCUCCACUGACUGGUGCAGAAACAUGUGACACACUCUUGUGUAUAAAAAGCUUUUAAAGAAUCUUUUAGUUUUGUACAAUAGAAAAUACAGACUCAAACAUGAGACAAAAGAUUAAUGUGCAUCUCUUUAGAAGAUGUCAAGCCCAUAGUGAUUGGAGAGAAAGGAAUAACAACUUCUUUGCUUGAUCCAAGGUACUGAGUAUGCAAAAUGUUAGAGGACAUGACUGGAUCUCUGAGUGAAGAGCUCUCCAUACAGCUACAUAUUCCAUAUGAAUGGAGUCUCAGAGUCCCAAACGGAUUAUGGAUGUUCUUUAUGGAUGGUUGCCACUGAGCAGAUCUCUUCCGGAGAUGCUCCUUUCCACAGCAACCAGGAGGUUGCAGCUCCGCGGUGGCACUCCUGCCCCACUUGAAUGCCUGCUGGAUCAUGUUCCUGAGCCAUUGGGACAGUCUGCCCUUUGACAACAUCUACACAGACACUUGUGCAUAAAGAAAACCAAGAGUUGGGCUGGUCAAAAUCUGCAAAUCUGAAAGAACCUUGGGGAGAAAGGCUGGGUUGUGGCGUAGCACCCCAUCCUCUGGCCUUAACAUGAACCUCAUGGACUGAUAGGGCAGGCAUCUCUACUUCUCCCUUUUUAGGGAGAAAAAUGUUAUGGUUUCAUGGUUAUUCUGACCCUUUGGUAAGACAUAAACUGUGGUACUGCUAGACAGUGUUGGGCACCUUACUUUUAAAAAGUAAUUAGUUAUAGUUACUAGUUACUUCUUCCAAAAAGUAAUUGAGUUAGUGACAGAAUUACCCCACUAUAAAAGUAACUACUUACCAGAAAAAGUAACUUUGGGGUUACUUUUAAUUAUUCCGCCCUUUUGAGCUCGGCAUUCACUUUAGCGUACUCGGCAUCUAUGUAUUUAGAAAAUGUCUUUCUGCAUGGUGGACUGGCACCCGCUCUCCUCGGUAUUUUACCAGUGAGUGCCCUGAAGGACUCUGAUUCAACUGUUGAUAACUGGAGCAUGUUUUCAACAACAUACUGUACCUGCCAAUCAUUGCAUUCAGUUUAGUCUGUGUCACAAGUUUUUGGUAAGCUGGAGCAGAAAAAUCCAGCUUUAGCUGCUUGGACAGCUCCGUGUCCUUCUUUGUUAGCAGAGCUCACGUUAGCCACACCUGGCUUGCUAUCAUCAUUAACAGUCAACAACGGUGUUUUUGGCCACUAAUGUUGUAGAAGCAUGUGGCACUGAAAGAUGCUUCAUUUGAUUAGAGUUGCUUACAACAGACGUGGAGAUUAAAGUCGUGUCUGUACUUCCACUUUGAAAAUGUUAACUUUACCUCCGGACUCCACAUUUCUGCAGCUCACCUCUGCUAGUGUGCACCUGCUGUGUGCGUGUUUGGUUUGUGUAUAAACUGAACACUGCCACUGAUUGGCUUACGAACUCUCACUUUAUCUUAGAGAGCCAAUCACCAUCACUUAUGCGAUUGUCCCGCACCUCCCUCCUCCUCCCUCACCGGAGAAAACUAAAACAGCUCUGCUCUUCCGGUGACUGAGAGCCAAAUCGGAUGAACAGAUUCAAUGAGCAGCUUCAAUUUGUAACGCGCCAUAUUUAAAAGUCGGUAACGAUGGAGUAGAGGUAAGAUCGGGCCUAAAAAAAAUCCAGCCCGACCCGACCCAGGCCCGACCCAGGCCCAGACCCAGGCGGGUAUUAAAGCCCGACCCAGCCCGAGCCCGACCAAUUAACUUGAUUUGCAGGCCCGAGCCCGAAGCAAACCCGAAAUUUCAUAUUUUAUUUGUGAGGACUCGGGAGGAGGAGGGGUGAUUUAUGAUAACAAAUUAAAGCCUGUCUUUUGUAACGAAAUCUAAGUUAAACAAGACUGUAUAAACAUUUACAUCUUUUAUAUUUCUGUGUCUGCAGAGGUUACAUUAACUGACAAUUUUCCAUCAUUGACGGAUUUUUUUAAGUACAGUACAGCUGUUUAAAUGCCUGCUCAGCAUCGAGGUGCCAGUCUUUUUGCUCUCGAAUGAAAGCAAAGCGCCACAUUGACUACAUUCAGCGAAGCCAACGCAAGUUUCUGCAAUCUUCAACAUUCUUCUGCAUUUUCAACAAUCAAUUGGAAGCUUUUCCACACCUCACUCUUACCGGUGCAUGUUUGCCUUUUCAGGUCCCCUGUCUUUAGUUUUUCCUUGACUUCUUGCUGCUCCAUAUUGGGGAUACCAGGUCAAAAUAGAUGCAGACUUGCGGAGGGGAAGAUUAUUAAGAGGGCGGCGUUCACGUGCGCGGAGCAUGCUCUGGCUCUGCGGCUCCUGUUUAGUAGUUAAAUAGCAAUUACCUUACAGCGCCUUCUCUGUUUUAUCCAAAUUAUUUAUUUUAUAACAAGUAUUCCUUAGUUUAGUAUCUACACAUUGUUUUAGUAUACAUUUUUAUAAACAUA